AUGCACGCAUGCCCCAAUGAUUGCAUCUUGUAUAAGAAGGAGUAUGAAUAUUUAACUAAUUGUCCUACUUGUGGUAUCUCAAGGUGGAAGGAAGGCAAAGAUUCAAUCUUGAAAGAGGGUGUGUCAGCAAAGGUGGUGUGGUAUUUUCCUCAAAUUCCAAGGUUUAAAAGGAUGUUUCGAUCACAUGAGACAGCUAAAAGUUUGACUUGGCAUGCUGCUAGAAAAUCAAUUGACGGUCAAAUAUCUCAUUUGGCGAAUUCCCCGUAUUGGAAACUUCUUGAUGAUAAAUUGCCCGAGUUUGGUAAUGAGCCGAGAAACUUGAGAUUGGCUCUCUCAUCUGAUGGAUUCAAUCCCCACAGUUCUCUAAGUAGCAGAUAUAGUUGCUGGCAAGUUAUCUUAGUUACAUAUAAUAUCCCUCCAUGGCUGUGCAUGAAACGAAAGUUCAUGAUGUUGACCUUAUUGAUUUCCAGUCCUAAACAACCCGGAAAUGAUAUAGACGUCUACUUGGAGCCUUUGAUUUAUGAUUUAAAAUCUUUGUGGGAUAGGAUUAGAGGAGUGUAUGAUGCACAUAAUGGAGAAUACUUUACACUCAGAGCUGCAUUAAUGUGGACAAUUAAUGAUUUCCCUGCCUAUGGAAACUUAUCUGGUUGUGUUGUUAAAGGAUAUAAAGCUUGUCCAAUAUGCGGCAAUGAUACACCUAGUCACAGGUUGAAAAAUGGCCACAAAAUUUGUUACAUUGGGCAUAGAAAAUGGUUACUAAUCAAUCAUCUAUAUAGGAGGCAACGUGCAGCUUUUAAUGGGAAACCUGAAUAUGGCACGCCUCCCGAGCCAUUAACCGGAGAAGAAGUGUUGCAUAUGGUUGAAGAUGGUGACAGAGUUUGUUGGAAGAAGAAAUCAAUAUUCUUUGAUCUCGAGUAUUGGAAAUACCUUCCUGUGAAGCAUGUCCUAGAUGUUAUGCACAUUGAGAAGAAUGUUUGCAAUAGUAUCAUUGGUACAUUGCUGGAGAUCCCUGGAAAAAAUAAAGAUGAGAUUGCUGCUCGAUUAGAUUUAUUGAACAUGGGGGUGAAAACUGAUUUGCAACCGGAGUAUGGAGAAAGACGUACUUGUUUGCCUCCCGGCCUUGGAAUUUGUCAAGAGCAGAGAAGAGAGAGGUUUGCAAUUCUUUCUAUGACUGUUGAUGUUUCCAAGCUAGAUAAGUUGGAAGAAGAUGUAGUAGUUACUUUGUGUUUGCUUGAGAAGUACUUUCCCCCUUCAUUCUUUGAUAUCAUGGUUCAUCUAGUAGUACAUCUUGUCAGAGAAGUUCGUCUAUGUGGGCCAGUAUAUUUUAGAUGGAUGUAUCCGUUUGAAAGAUAUAUGAAAGUGCUAAAGGGGUAUGUUCAGAAUCGUACUCGUCCCGAAGGUUGCAUUGCUGAGCGGUAUAUAGCUGAAGAAGCUGUAGAGUUUUGUACCGAACAUUUAUUUGAUGUUAGUACAGUUGGAGUGCCUUCAAGCCAAAAGAUGGGAGUUUCAAAGCCAUUAUUAGGUUGCACAGUGAGCGUAGUUGAUCGGGACCUGUUGAACCAAGCACAUCUAUAUGUCUUGGAGAAUACGGAGGAAGUCCUACCUUAUAUCGAGCAACAUAUGAUCCACAUCAAGACCGCUUAUCCAAAAUUUAGAAAGAGAACAAAGUGGCUGCAAGAUAAGCACAAUAGCACUUUCAUUCAAUGGCUACGCUUCAAGAUUCAAAGUGAACUUAAUGAGGAAGACAAUCAUGGCGUAUCAGAAAAUUUAAGGUGGCUAGCAGCUGGUCCAAACAUGGCAGUGCCAUCAUAUAGGAGCUAUCUUAUUAAAGGUAUUAAAUUUAACAUCAAGGCACAAAAUGAUGUGCGGACAACUUAA